AUGGCCGACAUCACAGACCAACACGAUCAAACUUCUCCCACUGAACUUGACGAUUCCCACGUCGGCAAUGGCAAUGCCGGUCCUGCAGAAAACCGUGGCAUCAAGCGCCAACGCGCUAGUAUCGCGGACGACGACGACGAUGAUGAUGAGAAGGGAAGUCGCGAGCGUCGCAAAAUUGAGAUAAAGUUCAUUAGCGACAAGUCGCGUCGUCACAUCACCUUCUCUAAGCGCAAGGCCGGAAUAAUGAAGAAGGCAUAUGAGUUGUCUGUUCUGACGGGCACUCAAGUUCUGUUGCUUGUCGUGUCGGAGACUGGGCUUGUGUACACAUUUACCACCCCCAAGCUCCAACCGCUGGUGACCAAGGCGGAGGGAAAGAAUCUCAUUCAGGCUUGCUUGAACGCGCCCGAGCCUACCCAAGGUAACGAGAACGGUGUUGACGAUUCCAACCAAGUCGAAUCGCCUGAGGAGCCGCCCAAUUCUCACCUGCCCCCUCAGACGAGCCGACCGGGAAUGCCUUCUCAUAUGCCUCCGAACUACGUACCCAACGUGCCCAUGGACCCUCAACAAGCUAUGGCGUAUCAAAGUUACAUGCAGCAUCAACAGCGCGGGCAAUUUGGGCUAGCACAGUCUGGUAUGCCGCAGCAUACCUCACAUCAAUCGUGA